CCAGGACUUCCAGAGGAACCUAAGAAUUUAUAACCAUGGCCAGUAAACCCAGACUGCAUUACUUCGAUGGAAGGGGCCGCAUGGAGACUACUCGGUGGUUAUUGGCAGCAGCAGGGGUCGAGUAUGAAGAACAAUUCUUUAAUUCAAAGGAAGACCUAGAAAAGCUAAGGAAAGAUGGAGCCCUGCUGUUUCAGCAAGUGCCCAUGGUGGAAAUCGAUGGCAUGAAGAUGGUGCAGACACGAGCGAUCCUCAACUACAUUGCAGCAAAAUACAAUCUCUGUGGGAAGGACCUCAAGGAGAAAGCAUUAAUGGAUAUGUAUGUCGAAAGUAUUAUGGAUUUGGGUGAAAUGAUCAUGACUCAUCCUUACAAGCCAGCGGAUGCAAAAGAAAAAGACCUUGCAUUGAUCACUGAAAGAGCCACCACCAGAUACUUUCCAGUCUUUGAAAAGGUCCUCAAAGAUCACGGUCAGGAAUAUCUUGUUGGAAACAAGUUCAGCAGAGCAGAUGUUCAAUUGCUUGAAGUUAUUUUAAUGGCAGAAGAGCUCAAGCCCGAUAUUCUGUCAAAAUUUCCUCUUUUAAAGGCUUAUAAAGGACGAAUAAGCAAUAUCCCUACAAUCAAGAAGUUCCUGCAGCCUGGUAGUGCGAGAAAACCACAAACAGAUGAAAAAAGGGCUGCAGAAGUAAUCAAGAUAUUCUAUUGA